AACGGCCUUCAAAGCUCCACUGAAAAAUCUCCGCCUUUCCUCUCCCUCCUCCUCCUCCUUCCUCUCCGACUCCGAGACGUUUCGCAUUUCAGACCAAAGGAAACAAGCGCAGGCGUAUCGACAAUGGCGUGUCGAACCGUGCUGCGAGGCGUGUUCCUAACGGAGCCGUGGAGGCCCCUUCGGUCAAACCUGAGCUGCUGCUCCUCCCUCUCGUACCCGAGAAACGCCGCGCUCUGCUCCGCCCGGAGGAUGUCGUGCGAGUAUACUGGCCCUGCGGAUACUAUGUAUUUCGGCUCCGCAUGGACACAGCAACAGCAGCAGCAGCUCAGCUGCUCAGGCAACGACGCGGCGUCGCCUUCCUCGUCUGAUCCCUCCGAGGACGAUCAGGAGCAGAAUCCGCCUCAGGAGGCUGUCCUUAAGGCCAUUUCAGAGGUGUCCAAGACCCAAGGGAGAGUUGGGCAAACAACAAACGUCGUUAUUGGUGGGACAGUAACUGAUGAUUCUAGCAACGAGUGGCUUGCCUUGGAUAAGAAGGUGAACACAUACCCGACAGUCAGAGGGUUCACUGCCAUUGGAACUGGUGGUGAUGAUUUUGUGCAGGCUAUGGUUGUUGCCGUCGAAUCUGUCAUCCAACAGCCAAUCCCUAAGGGUCGAGUGAAGCAGAAAUUGUCAUCCCAGGGCAAGUACGUUUCUGUAAAUAUUGGACCAAUUCAAGUCAUUUCAAGUGAACAGGUUCAAGCAGUAUAUAAUGCCAUGAGGAGAGAUGACCGGAUGAAAUACUUUUUGUAAUUCAAUUUUCAUCCUUGUAUAGGAAGUUCACGUGCUCUGCUAUUCACCCCCAAUUUUCGGUAUCAGUUCUUUUAGUUAAUCAGCUAUAUGUUCCUUUCAUUAUUAGCUUGUAAGCUUUAUUUUAGAUCAAAUCAAAUUCUAUUUUAUGUCACAUUCAGUCUCUUUAUGUUGCCCUGA